ACCGAGCAGCGAUGCCGGCCCCGGCCGCGCUCCUCAGCCUCGCCGCGGCGCUGGCGCUGGCCGCGCAACCGGGAACGGGCAUGGAGCGGACAGAGCCCACUCCGCUGUACUCCAGCAGCGACAUCGUUCAUCCCAUCAAGGUGGACGAGAGCGGCUCCUUCCUGUCCUAUGACCUGUCCCACCGAGCCCUCCACCGCAGGUCCCCUUCCUCCAGGAGCACGUUUCCUGCCUUCUAUGAACUGCAUUACAAAGGACAACCCCUGAAGUUCAACCUGAGCCUCAACAACAACCUCCUGGCCCCCGGAUUCGUCACCGAGAGGCGAUUCGGGGGCAUUGCCAGCGCCAAGAUACAGCCUCACACCUACAACUCCUGCCAUAUGAUCGGGGAGGUUCGGAGCCGGGUGUUACAGGGAGGUCCGGCCGCACUCAGCACCUGCGAUGGGCUGAAAGGUGUGUUCCGGCUCAUGGAUGAGGACUACUUCAUCGAGCCGGUGUCCAGCAGCCUUCAGGAGGAUGGAGGAGCACAGCCCCACAGGAUAUACAAGCGCCAGGCACCCGAGCUGGGGGCAGAGCCAGGCAGGAGGCCACCAGCUCCACAGGAGACCUGUGGUGUGCAGGAAUCCCAGGAAAGCCUGGAGAGGUCUGAGAAGAGGAGGGAAAGAUGGGAACAGAAGCAGCACAGGAGGAGAAGGAUAAAGCAGCGCUCCAUCAGCAAGGAGAAGUGGGUGGAAACGCUGGUGGUGGCAGACACCAAGAUGAUAGAAUACCAUGGGAGCGAGAGCAUCGAGAAGUACGUGCUGACCGUGAUGAACAUGGUGGCAGGGUUGUUCCACCACGCCAGCAUCGGGAACCCCAUCAACAUUGCCAUAGUGCGACUCAUCCUGCUGGAGGAGGAAGAGGAGGAUCUGAAGAUCUCCCACCAUGCAGACAACACCUUGAAAAGCUUUUGCAAAUGGCAGAAGAGCAUCAAUGUCAAAGGAGAUUCCCAUCCCCUGCAUCACGACGUCGCAGUCCUGCUCACAAGGAAGGACAUCUGCGCAGCGAUGAACAGACCCUGUGAGACCCUGGGGCUGUCGCACGUGGCCGGGAUGUGCCAGCCCCACCGGAGCUGCAACAUCAACGAGGACACGGGGCUGCCGCUGGCCUUCACCGUGGCCCAUGAGCUCGGACACAGUUUUGGGAUUCAGCAUGAUGGAAGCAGCAAUGACUGUGAGCCAGUUGGGAAAAGACCUUUCAUCAUGUCUCCACAGCUCCUGUAUGACACGUCCCCACUCACCUGGUCCCGCUGCAGCCGCGAGUACAUCACACGAUUCCUCGACCGGGGCUGGGGGCUGUGCCUGGAUGACCCCCCAGCCCGUCAGGUGCUGGACUACCCCUUGGUACCCCCGGGUGUGCUCUAUGAUGUGGGCCACCAGUGCCGGCUGCAGUACGGAGCCUACUCCACCUUCUGCGAUGACAUGGAUACUGUCUGCAACACACUGUGGUGCACGGUGGGGAACACGUGCCACUCCAAGCUGGAUGCUGCUGUUGAUGGCACAGCAUGCGGGGAGAACAAGUGGUGCUUCAAUGGCGAGUGUGUGCCCGUGGGCUUCCGUCCCGAUGCCAUCAAUGGUGGCUGGAGCUCCUGGAGCUCCUGGGCUGCCUGUUCCCGCAGCUGCGGUGCUGGUGUGCAGAGCGCAGAGAGGCAGUGCAGCAGCCCCACGCCAAAGUAUGGGGGCAGGUACUGCCUGGGGGAGCGGAAGCGGUUCCGGAUCUGCAACGUCAGGCUGUGCCCCCCGGACAAACCCUCCUUCCGCCAGGUCCAGUGCAGCCAGUUCAACCCCAUGCUCUACAAAGGGAAGUUCUACAAGUGGACACCGGUGCCCAACAACAUUAACCCCUGCGAGCUGCACUGCCGCCCCGAGCACGAGUACUUUGCAGAGAAGCUGCGGGAUGCAGUCAUUGAUGGGACACCAUGCUAUGAGAUGAAUGCCAGCCGUGACCUCUGCAUCAACGGCAUCUGCAAGAAUGUGGGCUGUGACUAUGAGAUCGACUCGAACGCGGUGGAGGAUCGGUGCGGUGUGUGCCAUGGGGACGGCUCCACGUGCCACACCGUCCAGAAGACCUUCGAGGACACUGAGGGGCUGGGUUAUGUUGAUAUUGGGAUUAUCCCUGUUGGAGCCCGUGAGAUCCGGAUUGAAGAAGUUGCAGAAGCUGGGAAUUUUCUGGCACUGCGGAGCGAGGACCCGGAGAAGUAUUUCCUGAAUGGAGGCUGGACCAUCCAGUGGAAUGGGGACUACAGGGUAGCAGGAACCACCUUCACCUAUAAGAGGACAGGAAACUGGGAGAACCUCACCUCUCCAGGGCCCACGGUGGAGCCUGUGUGGAUCCAGCUGCUGUUCCAGGAGACCAACCCGGGUGUGCGGUACCAGUACACCAUCCAGCGCCCCACGGACAGCGAGAACGACAUCGAGCAGCCCGAGUUCCUCUGGCGCUUCGGCUCCUGGACCACAUGCACUGCCACGUGUGGCACUGGGGUACAGCGCCAGGUCGUGCACUGUGUGGAGAAGCUGUCGGGCAUCGUGGAGGAGCAGCACUGCGAUGCACUCACCCGGCCCGAUGACCAGCAGCGCACAUGCAGCGAGGAGCCCUGCCCAGCCAGGUGGUGGGUCGGGGAAUGGCAGGAAUGCUCCAUCACCUGCGGGCACACGGGGCUGAUGAAGAGGACGGUGCUGUGCAUCCAGAGUGUGGGGCUGGACGAGCAGAGGGCCCUGCAGCACACGGACUGCCAGCACCUGGCCAAGCCGGACGCCACUGCUCCCUGUCCCCAGCACAUCCCAUGUCCCUCCCAGUGGGCUGUGGGGAACUGGUCCCAGUGCUCUGCCACGUGUGGCAAUGGGACCCAGAGUCGCCCUGUUUACUGCAGCAACAGCACUGGAGCCGCCUGUGACCCUGCAGAGAGACCCAGCUCGGAAACUAUUUGCUCCUUGCCACAGUGCCAGAAGUCGGAUGGUGCCAGCACGGACUGGUCUGGCAGCGGCUCCUCCAGCAGGGAGAUGUUUAAUGAGAUCCAUUACAUUCCCAGCAAGCACAUGCCUAAAUUUAACCCCUUGAUUCCAAGUAUUCCCGAGUCCAAUGAUGUCAAUAUCAUCACUGAGGAGGACUUCUCAGCCAGGAAGGGAAACUUCUUUGUUGAUGAUUUUUACUACGAUUAUAACUUCAUCAACUUCCAUGAGGAUCUCUCUUACUAUCCCUUCACAGAGGAGACCAAAGGUGAGGAGCCUAAGCCAGGGCUGAGCACCAACGAUGUGGAUGUGCCCCAUGAGAUGCCAGCUGAUGUCCUGCACACCCCUGUCCUGGGAGGAGCAGCGAGUGAGAACCAUCUGGUGACCAAUGAAGCCAACACUUCUGCUCCUGUGCAUGGUGAAGGAGAGAUGGAGCCUGAGGGUUUUCAUGUCAAUGACCUCCUGAGUGUGGUCCCUGAGGAUGCAGGAACUGCUGUUCCCAGAUACAGCAUCCCCAGCUCUGGGGGGGAGGAGGAGGAUGUAACACUUGUGCCCCGCUCUGAGCGGAGCACCCAGAGCACCAUGAGCCAUAGCCAAGACCACCAGCCCCUGGAUGAACCCUGGGGAGCUGUGCCAACAAGGACCAGCGCUGGGCAGGAUGCUCCAGCCCAGGGCAUCGCUCCCCAGGCUCCUUCCACAGCUGAUCCCUCCCCAUUGCUGCCCACUGACAGCCAUGGAGAGCCAGGGAGCCGUGGUGAGGGGCAUGGGAGCACCCAGGGGAUGGGUAACACCAACAGUGAUGGCACAGAGCAGGAAGGGUGGGAAGAAAUGCCAGAGGGGACAGUGGGCACACACACAGUGCCAGCAGCUGAGGAGCAAUCCCAUGGGAUGGAGGGUGCAGAUCUUCCCUUCCCCACUCCUCAAGGACCACGGUGGGAGAUGGAGGUGGGAAGGGAAACAGGCAGCACCCAUCUCCCUGCAGGUUCCUAUGCCAUGGGUGCUGGUGGUGGCUCUGCAGGGCAGCCAGAGCUCCAUGCCCCCACCUCCCUCACCUUGCCCCCCUUGGUGGCCACUACAGCCUCUCCAGCAGCGAUGUCCUUGUCCCCUGGCAUGCCCAGAGCAGCCACCCAGCUCACCUCCAAUGGCCUCACCCAGCAGGAUCCCCCAGCACCAGCCGUGCCCACAGCUCCAGCUCACAGCCCUCCUGUGCUCCCAAUGGGAGCAUCAGCCUCAGAGUCCCCCCCAGCAUGGACCAUGGGGGUGUCCCAGCACCCGGAGCUGGGAUCACUCCAUGAAGAGCACAGCUCCCCUGGUUCCCCACUCAGCAGCACCUCAUCCCAUACCUCAUCAGGGGAGCACUCACCAUGGGCAACCUCAGGGACAUUUGCUUUCCAUGGUGGGGACCACGAGUUAUCCCAGCCCACCCCUGUGCCCCCAUCACCCUGGGAGGAUGAAAAGAUGGAGAAGGAGGAGGCUUUGCUUCUACCAUUGACCACCGUGGGAGCCACUGUGAUGCCCAGCUGGGAGGUCGGGAACUGGAGCGAGUGCUCGGUCACAUGCGGCGUGGGUGCGAUCUGGAGGACCGUGCGCUGCAGCACCGGCACUGAUGCUGCCUGUGCCGCUGCCAACAAACCUGUCCCUGCUCAGAGGUGUUCCCUGAGACCCUGCUCCAUGUGGCGUGUGGGGAACUGGAGCAAGUGCUCCAGGAGCUGUGGUGAAGGCACCAGGGUCCGGGACGUGCACUGCAUUGACACCAGGGACCAGCGGCUGCUCCGGCCCUUCCACUGCCAGGCUGUCCUGUACAAGCCUCCCGCACAGCUCCCAUGCCAGAGCGCACCGUGCCUGGACUGGUACACGUCCUCCUGGAGAGAGUGCUCGGAGCCGUGCGGCGGUGGGGAGCAGGAGCGGUUGGUGACGUGCCCGGAGCCGGGGCGCUGCCAGGAGCCGCUGCGGCCCAGCACCACCCGGCCCUGCAACACACACCCCUGCAGCACCUGGGUGGUGGGCUCCUGGGGAGAGUGCACGGCUCCCUGCGGCGGGGGCAUCCGGCGGCGCCAGGUCAAGUGCAUCAACACCAAGACGGGGCUGGCGGAGGAGGACAACAGCCUCUGUGACCAUGAGCCCUGGCCCGAGAGCACCCAGAAGUGUAACCCGCAGGACUGCGAGAGCUCCGAGCCGGACCUCACCUGUGAGCGCGACCGCUUGACGUUCGCCUUCUGCCAGACCCUGCGGCUGCUGGGCCGGUGCCACCUCCCGACCGUCCAUGCCCAGUGCUGCCGGAGCUGCCGCCGGUAUGGGCCCCGGGACCGCGGGGAUGAGCGGACGUCCCGGAGGUGACAGCACCAUCCCCAUGGACCAGAAGGACCCGGGGCAGCAGAGGGAGCCGGGUCCCACCAGGACUGGGGGCUGUGCCCCAUUGGUGCUCUUCCACCCUGGGGAAGGCUCAGUUCUUGUAUCUGUGCUAUGCUAAUGGUGCUCGACCAUCGGUCUGAAGUAAGGUCUGGUGUGGGCUGGGUGUGCGGGUCCCACUGCUCCCAUAGGAGGUGAUGGGGCAGCUGGACCCUCUGCCAGGGUCAUGCUGCUGCUUUGGGGAUGGGAAACUGAAAGCAGCAACAGUUGUGGAGAGCUCUCAGCCAUGCUCAUGGUGCUAUCAUUUGACACUCUCAGCCUCUUGAUGGUGUUGGCAGGCCAGCACCAACCCCCUGACCCUUACUGUUGUUUGACGUGGCUGAAGGAGCACCCGGCGCUCCACAGCACAGCGACUGCUCGGGUUAGAGCAUUGCCUUUAUUCCUUAAGGGACUUGAAGCUGACAGCCCAUUUCUGUAACGUGCAUUAAAAUGUUUACCACUGAAGCUAAACAGCUGUAAUGUAAGAUGUGGAGACAGAGCAGAGGAAUACAACACUGGCUUCGCUUACCCCAUGAGGCCAGAGCUCGGGGUAGGUGCAGAGGCUCCAUCCCCUCAUCUCCCCAUUGCUGGCUUUCUCUGCUGAAGCCAUUGCCUGUAUCCUUGCCCAGGUAUGGUCAGGGACCCCAAGGCAUGAGCGAGAUGACAAAUGGGUCUGGAGUCCCACAGUGGGUGUGUUUGUGAAGGAGGGGAACGCUGCUCUGCCCUGGUGGGGAGCAGCAGAGCACUCACGUGCCUGGGUUUCUGUAUGCAGUUGUGGUGUAGCACUUGAAUGGUUGGUUAAGGUGCUUUUCUGUGUUCUUACAAGCUAAACCCCUUUAUUCCUGCAUAUAUAGAUUCACCUCUGUUAAGUUUAGCUGACUGUUUUAAGUAGAAUAUCCAAUAUUGCAUGAAGAGUGGCACUCAGCCGGUACAGGCAGUGCCACGUGUUAACCCCUCCUGUCUUUGGGAGGAUUUGCUCUUGGGUUGAUCCCUGGAGGAGGGUCAGGAGCAUUUAGGUAGGAAUCCCUUUCUGUGUUACCCUUCAGGCUAUGAGAAUGGCCAAAACUGGGAGUCCACGAGAGGGAUCCUGGUUGUGUUGAAGGCUGGAGCCCAGCACUGAGCCCGCAGCUCAGGGUGCAUUUCUUAGCCGGUGCUGCCAGGAACAACACUGAGUCCCAGAAUGGGAAAUUCCUGUGUGUAAUUUGUAUGUAAAACACAAGCCAGGACUUCACCAUUUGUGUUUUAUUCCUUUCCAACACGGUGUAAAU